GAGAAGGCAGGAAGAAGGCAAGGGACGAUACAACCAUGCUGUGCUGUAUGAGAAGAACCAAACAGGUUGAAAAAAAUGAUGAGGACCAAAAGAUUGAACAAGAUGGUAUCAAACCAGAAGACAAAGCUCACAAGGCCGCCACCAAAAUUCAGGCUAGCUUCCGCGGACACAUAACAAGGAAAAAGCUCAAAGGCGAGAAGAAGGGUGACGCCCAGGCGGCCGAGGCCGAGGAGAAGAAGGAAGAAGCCCCUGCCGCUGACGGGGUGGAGAAGAAGGAGGGAGAAGGCUCGGCUGCCACUGAAGCGGCCCCAGGCUCUGGCGCCAAGGCUGACGAGACGGGCAAAGCAGGAGAAACUGCUCCUGAGGAGAAGAAGGCCGAGGGAGCCGCUGAUGCUGCCACCGAGCAGGCAGCCCCCCAGGCUCCUGCGCCCUCGGAGGAAAAGGCCGGCUCUGCGGAGACAGAAAGUGCCACUAAAGCCGCCCCUGAUAACUCGCCGUCCUCCAAGGCUGAAGAUGCCGCAGCCAAGGAGGAGCCUAAACAAGCCGACGUGCCUGCUGCUGUCACUGCUGCUGCCGCCACCACUCCUGCUGCAGAAGAGGCUGCCGCCCAGCCUCCCACGGAGACUGCGGAGAGCAGCCAAGCCGAAGAGAAGAUAGAAGCUGUAGAUGAAACCAAACCUAAGGAAAGUGCCCGGCAGGAUGAGGGUAAAGAAGAAGGCGAGGCCGACCAAGAACAUGCCUGAACUCUAAGAACGGCUUUCCUCGUCCCUCCCCUCCCCUCUCCUGAGCCCUGUCUCUCCCACCCUCUUCUCAACUCCACUCUGAAGUCUCCCUUCCUGUCCUGCUCACGUCUGUGAGUCUGUCCUCUCCUACCCGCUAGCCCUCUUUCUCUCUGUGUGGCAAACAUUUAAAAAAAAAAAAAAGCAGGAAAGAUCCCAAGUCAAACAGUGUGGCUUAAAAAUUUUUCGUUUCUUGGUGUUGUUAUGGCGAGUUUUUGGUAAUGAUGAUCCAAUCAUUUUGGGAAAUUCUUGCACUGUAUCCAAGUUUUUUGAUCUGGUGCGUGUGGCCCUGUGGGAGUCCACUUUCCUCUCUAUCUCUCUGUUCCAAGUGUGUGUGCAAUGUUCCGUUCAUCUGAGGAGUCCAAAAUAUUGAGUGAAUUCAAAACCAUUUUUGUUUUCUUCCUUUUCAAUGUGAUGGAAUGAACAAAAAGGAAAAA